CUUUACCCAAACUUUUCUAGGGUUAUCGCUUCUGACGCCUACAUGGUAACAGCUAUUGUUGAUUUCCUGACCAAACUAGACUUGAACUACGUUUCUGUUAUGUUCGACAACACUCAUGAAUCCACCAGACUGUACCACAGGCUUAAGGACGGUUUAAACUUAACUCAAAUUUGCGUAGGGAAAAAGCUCAUGAUCAAUGAAAAAACGAACUUGGCGAGAAUGCUGAGAGAUCUGCUGAAAGACAAACUGGCUUCCAGGAUUAUAAUUGUGAUGGGGGGCAAACGGCUGACCGAGUUAGUGAUGUCAACGGUCAGUAAAACGGAUUUGGAAGGUCAGUUCCUGUGGGUAGGGAACGACUACUGGGAGGAGUAUAUCUACAAAAACUUGGCUCCCCGUGGCUCCAUUGGCGUACAUUUUAAGAGGCCGUCAAACCAAACAGAUUUCCAUGCCUAUCUGCAACGCCUUGACAUCAAAGACGCAAAUCCUUGGUUGGUCAGAGCGCUAGAAACCAAGGACCGUUGCAAAGACAAGAAAUGCCUACAGCAGCGUAUCGCCAUAUCUCUUAAGAACCCUCACGCGGUCUUAGCACUUAUGAAAGACUGUCCAUACGUCCUCGCCAAUGUCUUGAGUAAAUUUCUGAAAUACCGUUGCCCAAGGAUGGUGGGCUCCUUAGCUUUAGAAUGUUUCAAUCGAAUAUCUGAGGAUUUCAAACUGUACAUGAACCAUAUUAACGCCAAAGAAGACAUACGUUCGUUCAAGCUCAAUCCCCAAAACAGCAACGAAAUGUUCUCGGUUGUUCAGUCAGCAUAUGACAUCAGCAACAAACCUUUCGAGCUCGCCCAGUUUAGCAUGAAGCAGAACACCACUCUGGUUCUGAGGCAGUUCUCGCUGUCACAACUGAAGAUCCCUUUUGAAAGACUUCGACCGGAAAGUUUUUGCUGGAAAGCUUGCGCGGCGGGCGAGUAUCAGUACGCGAGAUCCCGCUGGUGCUGGAGCUGCAGACGGUGUCAGGACAAUGAGCUAGUCAGUGACAACUUGAAAUCAUGCGUGUUGUGCCCACCAUUUUACUGGCCUCACACCUCUGGGGAAAAUAAAAUGCAUUGCAGGAAAAUACAAGUCGACCGCUUCCACUGGUUCUAUCGAACAGCAGCCAUGUUCCUUGCCGCCUCCUUGCUUGGCAGUGUCAGUGUCCUAUUGAUCCUGCUAUUAUACUGUAAGAAGAGGUCCCAGCCAAUCAUAAAAGCUUCUAGCGUUGAGAUCAGCGUCAUCCAAUUACUGUUGAUCGCACUGGGGUACGGUACUGUGCCUAUGUUUAUGGAGAACCCGUCAAGUCUUAGAUGCACUCUGGGCCUGUUCUUCUACAUGACCAGCUUCGACCUUCUGUAUGCCACCAUGCUGAUCAAGGCCAUACGAGUGUACAGGAUUUUC